CCUAACGAUCACACACACAGACGGACAGGAGCUUGUAGCAUGUCUCACUUCUGAUUCAAAAAAGGAGGCAAGGACACAAAGGCACCUCUCGCAGCAGGCGCAGACGUACGGAUCGGUCACUGCAGAGACACUGCUGAUCUAGAAGCAGUGGGACGGACACAAUGGGUUUGUGGACAGCCCUGAUUGUGGCCUCGCAGCUGCUGUUGAGACUCAGCUUACACGUGGAGGCGCAGGCGUUAGUCUAUGAUCUGCUCACCUCGCCUGAUUGCCUGCCAGACCUGCUGCAGGGGGGUCUGGCAGAGCAAGGAGUGACCGAGGCUUUCAUCCUCACCUCCUUCAAGUUGCAGCCCAAGACCGGAACCAGCAUUUUUUCCCUGUACAACCCGCGGGACAACAGCAAGUACUUUGAGUUCACCGUGAUGGGGAAGCUGAACAGAGCUGUGUUACGCUACCAGCGGAGCGACAAGAGGAUGAGCUCAGUCACCUUCAACAACCUGGUGCUGGCAGACGGCCAACAACACCGACUGUUGUUCCACCUGAAGGGGAUGCGGCAGCAGGGGCCGGGCGGGGUGGAGCUGCAUCUGGACUGCAGGCUGGUGGAGACGGUCAGGGAUCUCCCUGCGGCCUUCCAGGGUUUACCGGCAGGCUACGGGAUGGUGGAGCUGAAGACCAUGCAAGCCAGAGAGCAGGAGACUUUAGACGAGCUCAAGCUGGUGGUUGGAGACACAUUUGAGAAUGUUGCUUCAUUACAAGACUGCCAUUUCCAACAAAGAGACUCCGUCCAAACUCUGGGGGUCAACACGAAGCAGCUGUCCAAUCAAAUGCUGGAGUUAACGAAGGUGAUACAUGACCUGAAAGACGUCCUCAUUCAGCAGGUCAAAGAAACCUCAUUUCUCAGGAACACCAUCUCCGAGUGCCAGGCCUGCGGGCUGGGCGGGACGGAGGUGGUGAAGCCACGGUGCGGCCCCGGGGUGUGUUUCCGUGCCGUCGCUUGUAUGGAGACGGUGGACGGUGUGGAGUGCGGGCCGUGUCCUGACGGGUACACCGGGGACGGUUUCAACUGUGACGACGUGGACGAGUGCCAGUUUAACCCCUGCUUCCCUGGAGUGAAGUGCGUGAACACCGCCCCGGGCUUCCGCUGCGACGCCUGUCCGCUCGGAUACUCCGGCCUAGCGGUGGAGGGGGUCGGCAUCCUGUACGCCCAGACCAACAAACAGGUUUGUGACGACGUUGACGAAUGCAAAGAACCGAACAACGGAGGCUGCGCUGCAAACUCAGCGUGUCACAACUCUGUGGGCUCCUAUCACUGCGGCAGCUGUAAGACGGGUUUCACAGGAGAUCAGCUGAAGGGCUGUAAACCGGAGAUCAGCUGCGGUAACAGCCUGACCAACCCCUGCGAUGCCAACGCACAAUGUUCAGCGGAGAGGGACGGCUCGGUCCACUGUCAGUGUGGAAUUGGUUGGGCCGGUAAUGGAUACCUGUGUGGGAAGGAUACCGACAUUGACGGAUACCCGGAUGAGAAACUCAAAUGCAAAGAUUUGAUCUGUAAAAAGGAUAACUGCAUGUUCGUUCCCAACUCCGGUCAAGAGGACGCCGACCAGGACACGUAUGGAGACGCCUGUGACGACGACGCAGAUGGUGACGGUAUACCAAAUGAGCAGGACAACUGCUGGUUGAAGCCCAACGUGGACCAGAGGAACACGGAUAAGGACAGCCACGGAGACGCCUGUGAUAACUGUCGCCUGGUGGAGAACCCCGACCAGAGGGACACCGACAGCGACGGCAAAGGGGACGACUGUGAUGACGACAUGGACGGAGACGGCCUGAAGAACUUCCUGGACAACUGCCAGCGCCUCCAGAACAGAGACCAGCUGGACCGGGACGGAGACGGAGUGGGAGACGCCUGCGACAGCUGCCCCGACAUUCCCAACCCAAACCAGUCCGAUAUUGACAAUGACUUGGUUGGAGACUCCUGCGACACAAAUCAAGACAGUGAUGGCGACGGUCACCAGGACACUAAGGAUAACUGUCCGUACGUGAUAAAUAGCUCCCAGCUGGACACCGACAAAGACGGGCUGGGUGACGAGUGUGACGACGACGAUGACAACGACGGCAUCCCUGACAGUAUACCGCCGGGGCCGGACAACUGCCGGUUGGUACCAAACCCGGACCAGGUUGACGACAACAACGAUGGAGUCGGAGACGUGUGUGAGUCUGACUUUGACCAGGACAAAGUGAUUGACAGGAUUGACAACUGUCCCGAGAACGCAGAGGUCACCUUGACGGACUUCAGAGCCUAUCAGACGGUGGUGCUGGACCCUGAGGGCGACGCCCAGAUUGACCCCAACUGGGUUGUGUUGAACCAGGGAAUGGAAAUUGUUCAGACCAUGAACAGUGACCCAGGACUUGCUGUUGGUUACACUGCUUUCAGUGGAGUGGACUUCGAGGGCACAUUUCACGUAAACACAGUGACUGACGACGACUACGCCGGCUUCAUCUUCGGCUACCAGGACUCGUCCUCCUUCUACGUGGUGAUGUGGAAGCAGACGGAACAGACGUACUGGCAGGCGACGCCCUUCAGAGCUGUGGCCGAGCCCGGCAUCCAGCUAAAGGCUGUGAAGUCUCGAACGGGCCCCGGGGAGCACUUGAGAAACUCGCUGUGGCACACAGGAGACACCAACGACCAGGUGCGUCUGCUGUGGAAGGACCCCAGAAACGUAGGCUGGAAGGACAAAGUGUCCUACCGCUGGUACCUGCAGCAUCGCCCGCAGGUCGGCUACAUCCGGGCGCGGUUUUAUGAAGGGACGGAGCUGGUGGCCGACUCCGGCGUGACGAUCGACACGACCAUGAGAGGAGGACGACUCGGCGUGUUCUGCUUCUCCCAGGAGAACAUCAUCUGGUCCAAUCUGAAAUAUCGCUGCAACGACACCAUCCCCGAGGACUUCCAGGAGUUCAGCACUCAGCACGGUGUUGACUCUCUGUAGAGCACCAGAUCUCUAAAGACUCUGAGUGUGAAUGUGUGUGUGAGUGUGUGUGUGUGAGUGUCUGUUGUGUGUAAUCAUCUCUUUAAGACUCUUAUUGUCUGGAUAUUGUAAGUUAUAAUGACGUGACAGAAGAAGAGCAUGCAGCACAGUAUAACAUAAGUUCCCAUAUAUUUUCAAAAUAAAAGGAAACGUCUCCCACACAGAAUAUUUUAGUUGAUGUGUGCGUUAUGAACACAAAGUGAAAGCUUUGAUCUCUAACAGGUUGUAUUUGUGUAUUUUUACUCCUUUUGUAAAGUUUUAUACGACUCAAAAUGUCCGACUGCGUCUCACUUCCUGUAGAAGAUGAACUUAAAGCUCCAUGUAAUCCUGUCUUCUCUUUCCAUCGUCUGGUCUUUCACAUCGUGAUCAUCUCAUGUGUGUGUGUGUGUAGUCACCAACCUGGUCAAAAUAAAAAGGGCUUUAAAGUG